CAAACAAUUGGCCAGCGCUCAGCUGCCCAACCCCGGAAGCAGGCAUUACUGUCAGAUCGCCGAGCUCGUCGACCUAUGGGAAAUUUAUUGAAACUUAAUUAAGGAGUUUGAAACAUGUUGCUACGCAACGGAACGGUAACGUUAAAUGUAACUGCCAAGAAAUUAUAUCGUGAAGACUCUACAUUUGCAAGCGUUUUUACUAUAUUUACAUCUUACAGGUUUGAUAUUUGACAACGAAGAAUGCACUUUUGACAUUUGACAUCACUUUAUUUGAGUAAGCUCAUGAUACACAAUGAGCGACCUCACCUGCAUGAGCUUACCACGUAAACGCAACGUGUUGAAAUCUUCAUGCAACCUCGGCACGUGCAAAGCUCAGUCUUCAUCUCAUACAGCCAGUGUUAAUGCAGUAUGCUAUAGCAGCAUUAAGACAUCUGCGCACAACUCUUCGCCCCACAAAGUAAAGUGUCUCAAAACCAGGAAGGAGAGGAAUCAGAUUCGAGGUCAGGAGAGAAACCGGUCUCACACAUGCCUUCAUCACAGUACAAAAGUUGGCAGAACAGAGAAAGCACAGCAUAAUGGGGGGCAUUCAGUGGUUUCUUCCAGAAAAGAAAAGUCAUUUGCUAAGCCAUUUCUCCCCCACAAGCCGAGCAUCAUAACAGAAGGACGCCUCACCUCCAUCCGAGGUCUCUUUAGCCACGAGGUAAGAUCUAUAGACAUAGAAAGGGUCGUAAGUGAGCAGUUAAAAACAGAGAAGCAGAGAAAAGAGAAAAGAAAACGGUCUGUGAUGCAUGAUACAUCACCAUUACCUCCUCAUCCGCCAUCGAUGCCUGAAUCGGACCAGGACUGCGUUCUCGAUGAAGUACAGGAACCACUCCAGGAACCAGAAAAAACUACGAGAGACUCAAGAAAAGAGCUUAGGACACAUCCAAGUGCUUUACAGACUAAUAAAGAAGUCCUAGUGCCUAAGGAAUUAUCUAGACAAGAUGAGAAGCAUUACAGAAGUACCAACACCGUGAAGAAAGAUACAAAUAAUAAAUCAAGGCCACAGAGUUCAAGUAGCCUAAAAGGAACAUGUGAACUUAUGGUUUUGUCAUUGCCGGAAAAUAAACUGGCACAUCAGUUUUGUUCCACUCCAGCUGACAAGAAUGUUUUAGAUUUCCGAGAAAUAGACUCUCCCAAAUCACACAAUGAAAACAACAGAACUGGGACUAUUGAUGAAGAAAAUUGUGCAAAGAAGAUCCAAAGAUCUUCUACCAUGGAAAGAUUGUGUGAAGAUGAUGUUCGACAAAGCAAGAGUGAUCCUUUUUCAUCUGAGCAUGACUCUGGGACUGGGACAUUGACAGAAAAGGAAAGAGUGCAGAUAUCAGUGUCUGUUAGGGAAGCUGUCAACAAACUGGCUGCAAGUUUGGAGCUCCACGUGCCACGGCGCCCCCUGCUGGCGGAAUGCAGAGACGUGCUACUGCAGGCUCUACAAAAAUCCCACAGCUUCCAUUUACAGCACAAUCUGAGGAAGCUACAUUCAUUUAUUGAUGGAAAGCAAAAAAGCAGUUUCGGUUCAGGACAGACACAUGAAGAGUGCUCACAAAUAUGUUUCAGCCAUGCACUGGGAAAUGAAGAGAGUGAACCCAACAGGAACACAGAUAUAUGGACAGAGAAUGCCAUACAGCAGGAAUAUGUAGCAGAGAAGGUUAAGCAGGACUCAGGCAGAGGUGCUUCAAUGAAGAAGCGAAGAGUACAAGCCCAGAGUAGAUUUUCUCCUCCAGUCUCUUUAAUACAACCUCCACAGUCAAGCAAAGAUAUGUUUGACCAGUCGAGGACAGCUAGGUUGUCUCAGGAUUGCUUCAAAAAGCAACAUUAUCCCAGCACAACGCUCUUUCAGCAGGAUCAGGCUUUUCACCAACUUGCCACUCUCAUACCCAGCACCCCACCUCGGGCGAAUCCUUACUAUAAACCCUGUCCUCAGCAGCUAUUGGGAGAUUUACUAAGAAGAGGUGAAAGUAUGAAAAAUGUAGGUUUAGAUCUCAUUUCUCAUCAGGUGGAAGAAAAAACAGAUCCUAUGUUUAAUUUAAAUCCUGAAUAUGAGAACAGGACACAAAAAGCUCAGGAGACAUUUUUGGGAGAAUCCAGCUUUUGGUCCAAUCAGCUGCAAGUACAGGAUGUCAGAGACAGAUGGGCUCCACUCCCGUUCUCAGCAUCCUUUACCUCAGAAUGCUUUCAAUAUAAGCCAUUUUUUCGCUAUCCACAUCCGUCUAACUCCCGAGACAGGUCAGAUUGGCAUAAUAUGACUCUUUGUUACAGAUCAAACACACCAGAUAAGGUAUUUUAUCAUCAUUUGGAAUGAUGUGGUUAGACUAAACACAAGGGGGCAUGUGGAUAUACAAAUGUCUACUUAAUAUAUUUGUAUGAGCAACAUGUUGUAUUACUUCCAAAGACAUCCACGUUUAAAUCACUUCUAAGUGCCAUAUAGAAUUGAGAGUUAACCUGAUUCACAUUAUGUCUAAUUGUGGUUUGUUCAGUUUCUUGAUAGCACAGCUAAUAAAGGUGAAUGAAAAGAAUGCUGUUGCUGGCAUUUCUUAAGAGCAGACCUCUCUCUGUGAUGCACAAUUGUUUUCUUUUGAGGUAAAAAAAGUCUUAAAUAAAACAAAAAAAGUAAUUUUCAAGCAAUUUUCAUUUUUUUUCUUCUUACAGAUUCUUGACGGUUUUUGUAUCAAUAUAUUGUAACAUUUCUGUGGAAAAUAAGAUGUGAUUUUGUGAUAUUAUUUUAUAAAGCAGGCAGAUUUUGAUUGAUAUGUACACAAUUUACUAGAGAUUGGAAUGUGACUCAUUUCACAAUUUAUGUACAAUAAAUGUAUCCAAACAUUUUGUCAACAGAAAAUCAAAGCACACAAUUGUAUAGUUGGGAAGCUAAAUACAUCACAGCUGGUCUACCUGUUUUGUUUAAAAGCCAUUAUCCUGUACAUGUAUAUUACCAUAAAUGCAUAAUAAAAAUAUAGGUAUCUCCA